UUUUCAUUUCAUAGCAUGGGUCUGUUCUCUGGGUUUGUUUUGCUUUGCAGCCUUGUACUUUUGACAAAGAAAAGAUAAAGAAAAAAAAGCAAUUAUACAAAUUACCAAGUGAGUUUAUGGGAAGAAUACCCGGGAGAAGCAUUAACACAACAUUAUGAUAACGUUAUGAUAACCAAACCGAAAGGAUCAUUUCCUCUCAGAGCACAGGUCACAGCAUCGCAGUAUAAAACCCAGCGUUCCAUCUCACUGUCUCAUCCUUGAGUUCUGGUUGAUUCUUCUUUUCUUUCUAAAUGCAGACCAAAAGAAAGAGGUGCCGAUUGAGCAGCGGUGGUCGCUGGACCACAGAAGAACGACUUCGUCUAUUGCGACUGCGUGAUCUGAAUAAGCAUCUUCGUUGGACUCAGUUUCAGAAGACAUACUUUCCGCGACGAUCCUAUAUGGCUUUGACAAAGGCUUAUUCGGAUAUGAAAUUGAACCAACAAACUAGGGGCAACGCAAUGACCAAUACUGCUAGCAAUGGAACGACACUCCCAUUCAAGACCAAUAAGCCAAACAAACGACCAAACACGGACGAGCGCUCCGUCAAUGAACGGGCCAAUAAACAGUCUAAAACGGCCGAGAAAGAUUCGACCUAUGCGCCUGACGAAGACGGCGAGGGUUCAGAAUUUUCAUUUGGCGGAGAUAUUGAUAUAGAUGGUGGCCCGGUAUGUCACCCCCCGUCUAGCCAGGGCCGAAUAAAUAUACUAAUAAGCAUGCAGACGAGCCCUGUGAAUGGUCGAACAAGAAGUUCGGCGAAUUCCUUGGCAAAGAAUAAUGCUCAAGCAGCGAGGAUACCGCUGAUAUCUCAAAAUCGCAGGAUUGCCACAAGCUCUCAGACAAGUGUGUCUGAUAAGACAGCUCCGGAGUCCCCUAGCCGGACUAGACAAGCCAAGGGCACUGAGAGGGUUCUGGGCGCUAUUCACAAUAGCAAGCCUGUAUCGACCACUGCAGCGAUGCAAAGUAUCAGCCUACCCAAAGCCAAUCCUAGCAACCCGCCUUCUAAAGCUUCGCAGCCGCCACCGGCCAGUACGCAAAUAGAAAGUCUGGGUUCGGGCACGGCACACGACCUAUGGUCCAGCCUUGUGAAAUCUAUUGCAGAUCACAAAAAAUCAUAUGAAUUGCUGCCAAAAUUCGCUGAGAGACAAGGGAGCGAGCUCAUUAAGUGGGCUCUUCUCGACUUGAUUUCUGAUGCUCAUUCUUACCAGUCCGCUCAGCAACUUAUUGCGGAGCAAACACGAGAGCUCGACACAUACAAAAAGGGCCAGGAAUCUCUGGAGGCAGAGCUAUCGAAAGCUAAUGGCGAGAUCGACACAUAUAAAAAGAGCCAGGAAUCCCUGGAAGCAACGCUAUCAAAAGCUAGGGGCGAAAUAGCCAAAUUAGAUCAACAACUCAAGUCAAGUCAAUCUCAGAGUUGCAAAGAAUGCCGCCGACUGCAGGAGCGAAAUACGGCUCUGGAAGAGACCAUCAACAUUGUAAAAAGGCAACUUCUCUCUGGUCCAGCAGAAAGACGUCCCCCUCCUAGCUCGUCAACGUCUGCCGGAGUGGUAUCUGGUUGACAGCAAGCUGAACCAGCCUUUGAACCCAUGUGAGGGUAGGUAUCUGUAUGGUUACAUAUAAGCGAUGGAUGUUUGAGUGCUCCUCCAGAUCACCUAUAGUUAAGCAUGCCCUGACUUACCAAGUAUUUGCAAAUUAUAUACCGUGAAACUUCUAUGCACACAGAA